UGUUAGGUUGAAGCAGUAUUCACAUGGUCUACCCCACCCUCACUCUGCUAUCAGACAGGAAACAAGGGGUUUGUCUUGGGGAGCAUCGCCUCUCCGUGUCACCCCAGCAGAAACACGAGCGUCAGGAGGCGUGUGGAGGAGCAUCGCGUGGAUGAGGCGCGCACCUUGGAGACGUCCAGCGCGUCCAUGAGGAGAGGAUGGAGACAUGGCAAGCGCAAUUCUCCAUAUCUUGAUGCCAAUUAAUUAAACACUUAUGUUUCAUCCUCAAGAGCUUUAAAGACAGCUGGAUCCCUUCGUUGAGAAAAGCGUGCUCCUCUGUAGCUGAAGAAAAUGGAUCCGUCCCCCACGAGGCAGCAGUACGGCUCCAAAAAGAGGGUUAAAAUCCACCCCAGCACCGUGACGGUGAAGUACGCCACGCAUUUCCCCCAGCCGGGCGAUGAGGGAUACGACGACGCUCCAUCCUUCGAGGACUUCGGCUCGUUCAUGGACAACAACCCGAGCAAGAGACUGGUGUCAGAGAGCGGCCAGGGCAGGACUUUAUUCGGCACUAUGGAUUCCCGUCCCAAAGCCGAUCAGAGAGAUAAAGGAGUGGGAGGUCAGCUGGCGAGCUUCGGCGAGGCCUCGGUCCUGGCCUCGCGGGUCACCUGGGGGGCCCUCUUUGGGGCGGCCAUCGCGCACGGAUGCGUGGCCCUCAUUACGCGCCUAGCGGCCGACCGCUCCAAAGUGCCAUCAUUAGAGCUCAUCUUCAUCCGCUCGGUGAUCCAAGUGUUGUCUAUACUGGUGGUCCUCUACUACAAAGAAGCUCCCUUCGGGCCCAAGGGCUAUCGGCUGCGUUUGUUCUUCUACGGGGUUUGCAACGUCAUUUCCAUCACGUGCGCAUACACGUCCUUCGCCAUCGUUCCACCCAGCAACGGCACCAUCAUGUGGCGGGCCACCACCACGGUUUUUAGCGCCGUUCUGGCUUUCCUGCUCCUAGACGAACGCCUCGGUUACACAGACGUAGUGACGGUCGUAGGUAGCCUCUUCGGCCUGUGUCUCGUCAUGAUCCCCAACAUCGCCGACGAGGAAAAGUCUCCUCUGGGAUUCUGGAAGGAAGCCUUUGGCUACACGAUGACUGUAAUGGCGGGUCUGACCGCCGCCCUCUCCAUGAUCGUGUACCGGGCCAUCAAAGAGCGCGUCAGCAUGUGGACGGCACUCUUCACCUUCGGCUGGACGGGAACCGUGUGGGGGGCAUCCACUAUGUUCAUCAUGCAAGAACCCAUCAUUCCCUUGGAUGGCGAGACGUGGGGCUACCUCAUGGGAAUCUGCGUUUGCUCCACCGUGGCGUUCCUGGGCGUCUACUACGCCCUCAACAAGUUCCACCCGGCUCUGGUCAGCACCGUGCAGCAUCUGGAGAUUGUGGUGGCCAUGUUUCUUCAGCUCAUCGUGCUGCGGAUGAUCCCGUCUGUGUACGAUGUCUUCGGAGCGCUGGUCAUCAUGGUCAGCGUGUUCGUCCUCACGGGGCUCAAGCUUUACAGGGUGGGCCGGGCCAUCCGACAAGAUUACCAAGAGAUUCUGGACUCGCCGAUCAAAUGAGAGCGUCGACGUGUGUGUACUCGAGUGCAUGAGGGGGCAUGUAUAUGUGUGUGUGUGUGUGUGUGUGUGUGUGCGUGUGUGUGCAGUGUUUCCCGGCCUCCUUUCUCUUACAAAUGUGCAGUCAUUGAAUGUCUGGAUCUUCGGCAUUUCGAAUCUUAUCGUGGAAGAGUGCCAUUGGUGUAAUGUCUUUGCUAACCGUUGAUGUGUGAAAAUAAAAACAGUGAUCCAUAGUG